AGAGGAGAAGGCCUCUGAAACGUGUGGAUUUACUGAUAGUAUUAAGAUGCGACAGCUAAGCUAAACAGGGCUCUAAACAGGCUGUUUCGGAACAGCAAUUCGAGAAGGCCUGUUAUAUGUGGAGUCAGACGUCACUGAUGUUGUGCUCUGCAUUUAAGCUAAAGUGGGGUGUAACGUUAGUGCCAGCACAGUGGCGUAGCGGAAGCGUGCUGGGCCCCUUACUCAGAGGUUGUUGUAUUCAGACCCUUUUCUUCUAGAAAUCUGUGUUGUGUCUACGAUUUGAGGAAGCUUAAGCUCUGAGCCUCAAUUCUUCAAAUGUCCUUCGGACAUUUAAAGCUCUACAUCGAACGCGGAUGACUGUGUUUAAAGAUGAUGACAGAGCUUUGACAGCUGCCAGAUUAAAGAUAAACGAAGAAUUUAAGAAAAACAAGAAUGAAAUAUCAGAGGAAAAUAUACAAGAGAUGAUAAAGAUGGGCAGAGCUGUUGAGACAAUCUUACGUGAAAAUGUUGUGCAAGCAGAGCAUGUUGGAGAAAAUAAACUUUUGCUGCGGCCUCGGGAGAGUCUGCUGUUAGAAAAUGUACCUUAUUGUGACUCGCCUCGGAAAAAAGCAUGACACUGGAUUAACAGGCAAACUCUCACAAAUGGAGCUCUUCAUACAUCAACAAAUCAGUUUUAAGGAUGUCCUGUAUGUGAGCAGGUUCUCUUUACAUUAACAUUACAAAAACAUUAGGAUAAACUAGUAUGUGUUUAAAAAAAGAAAAGAAGCAAUAUGCAUAAACUCAUGCUCUGAAAGUGCUUAGCAGUUGAUUUUAGUUCUGCUCUGUUGUGUAUUUGUAAAUAUUUUCUUAUUUGCACAAUAAAUUGUAAGCCAAGU